AUGCUUGAUUCCGAUAGAAAUGAGCUUAGAGUGGGCAUUCCGGUGCCCCGGACCCCACGUCAGUCCCGAGACUGCUCGAAGGCGGGGGUGGGGCGGGGCCGGGCGGUUCACACGCAGGUCGCCCACGAGGGUCGCGUCUCAGCCGCGCGGGGUUCCGGGCGGGGCCGCGCGCGUUCCCGUGGGGUCUGGGCGGGUUCCCGCGGGCGGGGCCGCGCGGCCCCGGGCCCCGCCCACCGGGGAGGGGCGGGGCCUGUGGCCCACGUGACGGCGGCGCUGAGCGGCGAGCGCCCCGCCCGGCGGGAGGAGGCCCGGGCCGCGACCCGGCCCGCGCGCUGCUGGAGCCUCCCGGCUGUCCGCGCGCUCCGCACCCGCGGCCCCUCGCCCGCCGGCCCCGGGCUCGCCGGCAGCGGGAGCGGCCUCAAGAUGGACGAAGACGGCGGCGGCGGCGAGGGCGGCGGCGGUGAGUGUCGGAGGUGUGGUCGGCCCGGCUGGCGGCCUGGGGCGGGGGUCGCGGACACGCCGGACGGGAAUGGGGAGGGCGGGUCCGGGGUCGGGGUCUAG